CUUAUCCAACCAGCAUUUUUGGUCCCUGAAUAACCGGUGGUCUGAUCUUGUUUUCAGAACACGGCUCCACACAUGGCGACGGGUCGUAGCCAUGCACCCCACAGUUACAGCGGCUGAUAUACGCCACUAGCCAGGCAUGCUCUCACGACCGCUGUCCUCCAAUUUGGAAAGCCUCCUUCAAGCCGAUGCGUAGCCAUUGUUCACCGGCGAUCCCUGAUGCUGAUCAGUACGUUGCAAUGCCUCCAUUGAUAUAUAAGGGUCUCUGAUGUCCAUGAGUGAAAGACACCAAGCAUCUCCAAUUUGAACAGACACCAUGUUUGCUUUCUCCUCUAUCCUCCUCGCCCUCGGCAGCGCCACAGCGGCUCUCGCCUCGCCCCUCAACCUCAUCCUAGAGGCUCAAGCUCAGGAAGAGUCUGCCAACCUGACUGCACGCGCCACCCCCGCUGGCACUGGCAUGAACAAUGGCUUCUUCUACUCUUUCUGGACCGACGGUCAGGGUCAGGUUACUUACAACAACGGUGCCGCUGGAAAAUACGAUGUUCAGUGGUCCAACGUUGGUAACUUUGUUGCUGGCAAGGGAUGGAACCCUGGCUCUGAGCGUGUAGUCACGUACUCUGGUACCUGGAACGCCGCCAACGUCAACUCUUACAUUUCGCUCUACGGAUGGACUCGCAACCCACUCAUUGAGUACUACAUAGUCGAGUCCUACGGCUCAUACAACCCCUCUUCUGCUGCUCAGAAGAAGGGCUCCGUCACCUCUGACGGCGGUACAUACGACAUCCUCCAGACUACCCGCACCAACCAGCCUUCUAUCGACGGCACUGCUACCUUCCAGCAGUUCUGGUCGGUUAGGACUAGCAAGCGUGUCGGUGGUACUAUCACUGUCAAGAACCACUUCGAUGCUUGGGCCAAGUACGGACAGAAGCUUGGUACGCACAACUACCAGAUCCUCGCUACUGAGGGUUACCAGAGCUCUGGCUCUGCUAGCAUCACUGUUGAGGGUCCUUGAACGAUGGCUCUUUAAGGUGUCGAAAAGGCCUCGUGGCUAGAAUUCUUGUACAUACACGCAGACAUUUCUGAAAGCUAUCAACAAAAUGCGCAUCAC